GCAGGGGUGGUACCUCGCAGGCUCUGGGCAAAGAUUCUCCAGCCCUGGGCGCAGAGAGGAAGCUGUGGUUUAAAGGAGCAACUAGAACCUAAAGGAAUCAGCCCUGGAAGGAACCCUGACAGACAGCGAGGGAGCUACUGGAAGUCUUGUGGGUCGGAGGGCCUGCUGCAGGUCACUGCUCACACCCUGCACCUGCCUAGGGCCGCUCGCCCCCACCUGCACCUGCCUAGGGCCGCUCGACCCACCUGCACCUGCCUGGGGCCGCUCGCCCCACCUGCACCCGGCUAGAGCAGACUAAACAGGUUCCAGCGGCGUCCUGGUCUGGCAGCCUCCGUGAGUCUGGGCCCCUCGCACUCACCUGCCUAGGGAGCCCCGCAGGCGGCCCCAGGGCAGCACACAUGGGGACACUCCAGGGCAGCGCUCAUUACAGCUCCAGCCUUCCCGCCAAGGUGACAUAGGUGCACAGCACCCCGGAACGUUCCAGGCCCGCGCCACUUAAGCUCCAGAGGCCUGGGUAGGGCUUUCUGUGCACGGAAUGCUCUGGAACAGCCUGGCUCCUGCCUGCUUUUAGCUCCAAGGGGGACAGUGCCCUCUCUUUUCUCAUUGAGACGUGUUCUGGACAGAACUGGAGAGCGAAUUUUCAAGAGCAAGAGAGCCUGAUUUGGGAGUGAAUCAUGAAGAAACGUUUGAUUUGAUUUCCAGCUUAGUCUGUCAGAAAUUAGGCUGGACUUUUUAAAGCAACUCUGGGCAUGAGCAAAAAGGGAUGCAAGAGUCACCUGAUGCCAGCACACAGGCCGACACCGAGAUUAGCAGCAACGUCUCUGCAAGAUUAAUGUGUAGCCAAGUGUAAGGUAGCUCAGACCGCAGAUGGCCCAACAAGACUUUUUCCACAAUUCUUUUUCUGUUUCAUUUUAUACCUUGCCUUGAGCAGGGGUUUUAACUUCUCAGAGCCCCAGUUUUUAAGUAAUAAAACCUCCCUCACAAGGCCAUCGAGAGGAUUAACUGAGAACAAUGCACGGAAAGCAGUUCACACAAUGGCUGGUAUGAUUUCAGAUCCAAAGGGCAAGUCCUAAAAACAACUUCUGAAUGAAGGAAAGACAGGAGAGGCGGCUCAGCAAGGCAAUGGGAAACACAUAUCUUCCUUGACUUCUUGACUUCCUUGGAGCUGCACAGACUGGUGACCUUGACCUAAGCAUUAGCCGCUUUGGUCUUGCAAACCAUCAAACCUUACCUGUUGCAUGCUAUGACACAGGAGAUAAGAUCUUCAGUAGAAACGUCGUCUCUGCAAGUGAACAGAAGAAUGAGAUCAUUCCUGCUCUCUGGUUAAAGGCAGACUCUUCCUGAAUUUUUAUUUUAUAGAUCAGGAAGAUGAUGCCCCCAAAAGGUGGCCUCUUCAUCCGAAACACAGAUCAGGAAUACACGGCCUUUCGUUUAGCAAUCUUUCUUCAUAACACCAGCCCCAAUGCGUCCGAAGCUCCUUUCAAUCUGGUACCUCAUGUGGACAACAUUGAGACAGCCAACAGUUUUGCGGUGACAAAUGCUUUCUGUUCCCAGUAUUCCAGAGGAGUCUUUGCCAUUUUUGGACUCUACGAUAAGAGGUCGGUACACACCUUGACCUCGUUCUGCAGCGCCUUACACAUCUCCCUCAUCACACCAAGUUUCCCCACAGAGGGGGAGAGCCAGUUUGUGCUGCAGCUCAGACCGUCCUUGCGCGGGGCACUCCUGAGCCUCCUGGACCACUACGAAUGGAACUGUUUCGUCUUCUUGUACGACACGGACAGGGGAUACUCAAUACUUCAAGCUAUUAUGGAAAAAGCAGGACAAAAUGGUUGGCAUGUCAGCGCUAUAUGUGUGGAAAAUUUUAAUGAUGUCAGCUAUAGGCAACUUCUAGAAGAACUUGAUAGACGACAAGAGAAGAAAUUUGUAAUAGACUGUGAGAUAGAGAGGCUUCAAAACAUAUUAGAACAGAUUGUGAGCGUUGGGAAGCACGUCAAGGGUUACCAUUACAUCAUUGCAAACUUGGGAUUCAAGGACAUUUCUCUUGAGAGAUUUAUCCAUGGUGGAGCUAAUGUUACAGGAUUCCAGCUGGUUGAUUUUAAUACGCCUAUGGUAACCAAACUAAUGGAUCGCUGGAAGAAACUAGACCAGAGAGAGUAUCCAGGAUCUGAGACUCCUCCAAAGUACACGUCUGCUCUGACUUACGAUGGAGUCCUUGUGAUGGCUGAAACAUUCCGAAAUCUUAGGAGGCAGAAAAUUGAUAUUUCAAGGAGAGGAAAUGCUGGGGAUUGUCUGGCAAACCCUGCCGCUCCGUGGGGCCAGGGAAUUGACAUGGAGAGGACACUCAAACAGGUUCGAAUUCAAGGACUGACAGGGAAUGUUCAGUUUGACCACUAUGGACGGAGGGUCAAUUACACAAUGGAUGUGUUUGAGCUGAAGAGCACAGGGCCUAGAAAGGUUGGUUACUGGAAUGAUAUGGAUAAAUUAGUCUUGAUUCAAGAUGUGCCCACUCUUGGGAACGACACAGCAGCUAUUGAGAACAGAACAGUGGUUGUAACCACAAUUAUGGAAUCCCCAUAUGUUAUGUACAAGAAAAAUCACGAAAUGUUUGAAGGAAAUGACAAGUACGAAGGAUACUGUGUAGAUUUGGCAUCUGAGAUUGCAAAACAUAUUGGUAUCAAGUAUAAAAUUGCCAUUGUCCCUGAUGGAAAAUAUGGAGCGAGGGACGCAGACACAAAAAUCUGGAAUGGGAUGGUAGGAGAACUUGUUUAUGGGAAAGCAGAGAUUGCGAUCGCCCCUCUGACAAUCACUUUGGUCCGAGAGGAGGUCAUUGACUUCUCUAAGCCCUUCAUGAGUUUGGGCAUAUCUAUCAUGAUCAAAAAGCCUCAGAAAUCCAAACCAGGAGUGUUUUCCUUCUUGGAUCCUCUGGCCUAUGAGAUUUGGAUGUGCAUAGUCUUUGCCUACAUUGGUGUCAGCGUGGUCUUAUUCCUAGUUAGCAGGUUCAGUCCAUACGAGUGGCAUACAGAGGAGCCAGAGGACGGGAAAGAAGGACCCAGCGACCAGCCUCCCAAUGAGUUUGGCAUCUUUAACAGCCUCUGGUUUUCCCUGGGUGCCUUUAUGCAGCAAGGAUGUGACAUUUCACCCAGGUCCCUCUCAGGCCGGAUUGUUGGAGGCGUCUGGUGGUUCUUUACACUCAUCAUUAUAUCCUCCUACACCGCCAACCUCGCUGCGUUCCUGACGGUGGAGCGGAUGGUCUCCCCCAUAGAAAGUGCGGAAGACCUGGCCAAACAGACGGAAAUUGCCUAUGGAACAUUGGAUUCAGGGUCAACUAAAGAGUUCUUCAGAAGAUCAAAAAUAGCAGUGUAUGAAAAGAUGUGGACCUACAUGCGAUCGGCAGAGCCGUCGGUGUUCACCAGGACCACAGCUGAGGGAGUAGCCCGUGUCCGCAAGUCCAAGGGCAAAUUCGCCUUCCUCCUGGAGUCCACUAUGAACGAGUACAUUGAGCAGCGAAAGCCGUGUGACACAAUGAAAGUGGGAGGAAAUCUGGAUUCGAAAGGCUAUGGAGUGGCCACGCCCAAGGGUUCCUCAUUAAGAACUCCUGUAAACCUUGCCGUUUUGAAACUCAGUGAGGCAGGCGUCUUAGACAAGCUGAAAAACAGAUGGUGGUACGAUAAAGGUGAAUGUGGAGCCAAGGACUCCGGAAGCAAGGACAAGACGAGCGCCUUGAGCCUGAGCAACGUGGCCGGCGUUUUCUACAUUCUGGUCGGCGGUUUGGGCUUGGCGAUGCUGGUGGCUUUGGUAGAGUUCUGUUACAAGUCCAGGGCAGAAGCGAAGAGAAUGAAGCUGACCUUUUCUGAAGCCAUAAGAAACAAAGCCAGACUAUCCAUCACUGGGAGCGUGGGUGAGAAUGGCCGCGUUUUGACGCCCGACUGCCCCAAGGCGGUGCACGCGGGAACUACGAUUAGACAGAGUUCGGGAUUGGCUGUCAUUGCAUCGGACCUACCAUGAAAACCAAAAACAUAAUUGAGUGCCUUAAUCAAACUGUGCUGGUGACGGACGGGAGCACAGCCCGCGCACUGAGCAGGUGCUGCGGACCAGGCCUCCGGGCCAGAGCGGGCGGCGCCUCCCGAUGCUCCCCUGCGGCCCAGCAGCAACGCGUGCAUGAGCUCAGCUCGGAAACCCAAACUCAGAUUUUAUAUCAGGAAAACUCACAAUUUAGGUUCUCUCGGGGAGUGGGGUGGGGGGAGGGGAGCUGGGAUGGGCCUAUUAACAGCAGCAAAUUUCACUCGAGUGGACUUAAAAACUAAUCAGACUUGCGAGUUAGCGCAUUAAACUGUGAAGUUCUUGCUCAGAAAGGCCUCCGUCUUCACCGCAAGGGGUCAAGUAGUUAGAGAAGUCCAUGAACCUGCUAACCUGUCUCCAGAACACCCCCGUGUUCCACAGGAGACUCUCCAGCUGAGAAAACAAGUCACUAAACUGUGAUGAGAAAAUAAACACACAUGUAAAUCCUGUGACAAAAAAAAAUUAAAGGAAGUAUUUACACUCACUUUGGAGAAAACAUACUGAAACAUGCUUGCUUUUUAACCGAUGUAAGUUCAGUAGAGGACAACACGAUUCUUUUUUCUAACCAUCUUAGGGAACAAUACAUUGCAAUAAUUGAUAUAAAUGCCAUCACUGUAAUCAACUCUAGAGACUUUUUUUUUUUUUUACAAACGUUGUUGGUCACCUCCUCGUGGCCGUAACCCCCCUCCGUCACAUGAGUCGGUGUCCACAGAUCACAUUCGUCUCGGUACCGGGAACGCGGACAACACAAACACAACGCUCUGUGAAGUCAUCAGUCUGCAAUGUAGAAGCGAGAGAGACUACGGGUCACUCAUGUUAUCAGUAUUAUUUAUAAUCUCCUUCUGUGUACAAAAUUGUGGUUUUUGUACCCAACAAAAAGAAUAAAACAACGGACAUUCUUAUAAUA